UUUUUUUUUCCCCUAAGCGCGAGUUUUUGAAAAUUUGUCUCCCCGUUAACUUGGCAUUAUAAACCUUUUUGGGAAACUUUUCGUAAAGAUAUGGCAUCCAUAAAUGAUGCAGAUGCUGUGGAGUGUUUCACGAAUAUGCUGGAAGAGAUCCGCACCAAGCUGAUUUCUCAGGUUGUUGGAAUGGUUGAUACCGAGACAGACCUGCACUACUCACACAGACAAUCUGUAAAAGCUGGUUUUGAGUCGUGCUUGAAGAAAUGCAAGGAUGAAACGCUGUUCGAAACUAUUGAGGUGUACGAAAAAAAUUUAGCUCAAAGGAGUGCCAUUCUCAAGGAGAAGAGUAGGGAGUUGCCAGAAGUAAUUUCUGAGACUGAGGAGAAGAUCCUGAUCAAGGAGAGCCUUCUACAGAAGAUUGACAGGUUGAAGAAAGAGCAAUCAAAGCACAAAGAUUUGAUUGUUGCACAAAACAAAGCCAACAAAGACAGACUGAAAAACCUACACAAGAUGAAACAGGUGUUCCAGGAUUGUUUGAAAGUGGAGAUCAGGAAGAUUCAAGGUGAGAAGCUGCAGUUUGUCUUUAGAAACUUGGACCACAGUGAUCCAGAAAGCGCCUACACUUUCAUGCUGCAGAUUAACGAAGAGGGGGCGUACCAGAUUGAGUCCUGCAGUCCACCCCUGGAGUGUAUGCCUCAGCUGGAGCAGAGGCUGAAGGAGACCAACAACUUCUCUGCAUUUCUCGCCAACGUCAGGAAAGAAUUUAAAGCUCUGAUCCCAGAGAAAUUAAUCACAGAAGUACCAUCCAGCGAGGUGUGCUGACCAUUUUAAAAGACACUCUUUUAUAUCCCCUAACUCCAGCAAAAAGGAUUCUUGGGUGAAACAUUGAUAUUGUUUCUUUUUGUACUUGUAUAUUUAUUUAACCUUAACACAGAGCCACACUUUUUUUUUUUUACUUUCUUGUCGUAUCCGUUUUAGCUUUCUGUAUAUUGCCUAAAAUUGCUGAACUACCUUUUCACCUACCAGUAAACAAAUUAAUGUUCACAUUCAUUAAUGAAACUUUCUUAAACAAAUAGACAGGUUUCAUAUAUUUUUUUAAAAGAACAUUUUUAAUACUGACACAUGAAAAUGGCAUUAAAACAAUGUCUUCACACUGAAAUACUAUUAAGUACAUCUACGAAAAAAGAACUGCUUUUAAAUCUUGGGCUAUUGCCAGCUUUCUAAACAAGUCUUUCAUUUCCAUUAGGUUUAAAUAACUCAACAUAGCAAGAACGUUAUUUUGUUAUGAUUUAAAGAUAAUUUUGGUUAAUCAUUCAGUAGGGUUGAAACUUGUCUUAUUCUCUGUCAAGUUGAAGUUGCCAUUUCAUUUCAUUGAGGUAUUGAAUCUAUUUUUCCUUUUAUUUAGUAUGAUGCUGUAUUCUAGACACGACAUGACAUUUGUACAAUAAAGUCUCCAUCCUUUUG